UAUACUAUAAUUGCGUCGAAUUCAAUUUCUUCGUCAUGGACACCAAAGCAGAACAAACUUUUCGAGAGGGCAUUAGCUGUGUACGAUAAAGAAACCCCCGACCGGUGGCAAAACAUUGCAAGGGCAGUUGGGGGGAAAUCUGUCGAGGAAGUGAAAAGGCAUUACGAGAUUCUUGUUGAGGACCUCAAGCAUAUCGAGUCCGGUAAUAUUCCGUUCCCGUAUUACCGAUCAAACGGGAAUAGCCGCUAAAUCAAACGGAGGCUAAUCAAGUGCGAAAGAUUGGAUUGAAGUACUAAUGGUUUUACAAGAGAAUGUAUAAAGCAAAUUGAACACUCACUAAAUUAUUGCGCAGUGUUCGAGAGGGAAAUUGACAAACUUAUAACUAUCUUAGAAAAAAUAUCAGGCAAUGCUGUCCACAUGUAAUUUUUCAUUUCCAGAGUAAUGAAAUCACUAUCUUUUUUACCCAGUUA